GAACCAGCCAGACAGCAAGUCAGAGUCGAGGCAGCUGUCCUGGGUGUCACACCUCAGCUCCACGCUCGCAAUGGGGAGUCCCAGGGACAUUCUGCUCUGUCUCUUUGGAACUGUGCUGCUCUUCCUGACAGGGUCCCGAGCCCUGCAGUGCUACCGCAUGGAGCAUAUCUACUUUGGCCACUUCGACCUCAGUGCCAUGCAGUUGCCCAACGUCUCCUGUCCCCAUGGAUGCUCGGAGGUUGUCAUGUCCCUGGACACUGGAUACCGCACGCCGCUGACCGUGGUGCAGAAGGGCUGCUGGGAGGGCCCGAUGACCGGCCAGAUGCAGGAGCAUCCGGAAGCGCUGCCGCCUGACUACUCAGUGGUGCGGGGCUGCGCGGCUGACUUCUGCAACUCCCGACUCCAGACCCACGACAGCCUCCCGGACCUGAGCCGAGCGCCGUCCCCACAGACCCUCAGCGGCACGGAGUGCUACGUGUGUUUGGGGGUCCACCCUGAGGACUGCUCAGUGGAAAAAUCCCGCCGGGUGCAGUGUCAUCGAGACCAGAGCGUCUGUUACCAGGGCAAUGGCCGAAUGAACACCGGCAACUUCUCAGUCCCUGUGUACAUCCGAACCUGCCACCGGCCCUCCUGCAUCGCCAUGGGCACCAGCAGCCCCUGGACGGCCAUCGACCUCAACGGCUCCUGCUGCCAAGGCAGCCUCUGCAAUGGGCGCUCCCUGAACUUCAACGCAGCCCCGGCCGCAGCCCCUCCCCGGGCACCCCACGCCCUGGCCCUGCUCCUCACGACGGCUGCGCUGGCCAGUGCUCUGGGGGGACCCCUGGGGCUCUCCGCGUAGAGGAUGCUGGGACCCGGACCUGCACCUCCUGCUCACUGUGCCAGCCUCUGUCACGGGUCUGCGGAGAACGGUGUGCAGACAGGAGGGCGCUCCCGUCCCUCCCGCCAGGCGCCUUCACCUCCCUCUCCCCUGCUUCCCCACCCCCCACGCUGCCUGCAGCUGGGCAGAAGGCCUGGAAGCAACUGGGCCGUGUCCCUGCCUCCCAGGGUAGGGACAGUCAGCCCGUCAGGCCCACCCAAACAGCCCUUUGUGUGUCACUCACAGCAGGCACUGCCAGGCCCUCCCUUCGGGGCCCUGUCACAGCUUCGGGACAGCCAGCAUGGUGUCUCUAGUAGCAUCUCCAUGAGAGGCACCGAAAGCCGCCACCUUACUGUGAGAACUGGAACUGGGGGACCUCUGGGGGAUCCCAGCUCUGUUCUUCAGCCUGGGGGUGGCCGGGAGCAAGUUGUUUAAACUCUCUGUGCCUCGUUUCCUCACCUGUCAGGUGGAGGUGAAAAUAAAGUCUAAUGAUGACAGGA